UGCGGCAGUCAAGAAGUGUUCAUUAAUUACGUUGUCGCAGUGAAGCCACAAAUGCCGGUUCAUACAUCGUACAGCAGUCAACGACACAACCUCGUAAGACGGGAAUAUAAAUUGGUUGAACCGAUACAUGUGAACAAGCAAUUCUAAUUCUUGAGCCGACAAAGGUAAUCAACGAAAACGUGUAGUUUCAUUUCCCUCUGAAGUUUCCAACAUUGGGGAGAUUAUCCAACAGGGCUUGACUGAAAUGAACUGUAUUACGGGAGCUUCAACCAGCCUACUCAUCUACUAAAUCGAUCUGACUGUGAUCGAGUCUUGACCUACGUCGUCGUCAAACCAGUAUUCUAACCAGUUUUUGCAAAGGAAGACACAAAGUGUGUUACAAUAUGGCAGAGAAUGGAAGUGACGAAUGGAUCAAUGGGACGUAUAUUCCAAGCUUAAACGACGAAAUAAGCAUCAAAUUUGUGUUUUUUACUUUGUUCAUCUCGCUUGUUGUAAUAACUGGCUUUAUUGGUAAUAGUGUUCUGAUUAUUAUUAUUAUCCGUACAAAAGACAUGCGGACUGUUCCAAACUUCUUCAUUCUGAGCCUUGCGGUUUGUGACAUCUUACAUUUGACAGUUAUUGGCAUAAUGGCGACGUACCAAUUGUGGAUGACGACUAUUGAUUCAAGUUACGUGUUUCCAUGGACUGUUGCGUCUUGUAGAAUCAUCAACACUGUGUUCGUCAUCUUUCAGGCGGCAUCUGUGAACACAUUGAUGGCGCUUUCAAUUGAACGCUACCGGGCAGUAUUCUGCUGGAAGCCUCGACCCGGUGAUCGCAAACAGAGUUUUCUCAAACAUUCGCUUUGCAUAGCACUUAUUUGGGCAGUAGCUAUUUCAUUCGCAAUUCCCGCUUACAUCAAAACGGGAACCCUGUUUUUAAACGGUUACUAUACCUGCGAAAUGUUUGUGAUUGGUUCUACUUCCGCCAAAGUUUACGAAUCAAUGCGUCUAGUAAUCCUUAAUAUAGUGCCUCUAGUUAUAACAUGUGGAUGUUAUUUCAACAUUAUGAUAAAACUAUUAAGAUCGACAAACUUAAGAGUACAGCCAUCGUUUAUAAAAAGGCGACGAAAGUUAGCGGUCAUCAUGCCCGCGCUAAUUCUACUUGUGACCGCUUCGUGGUCUCCGUACAUAUCUACGGAAUGGGUCCGAGAGUUCCACGACGUAUUGAACUUUACUAACAAAAACUGGAGUUUACUAUACAAGUUCCACAUGGCUGGGUUCUACCUAUCGAUUAUCAACGCAGCGAUAGAUCCUUUAAUUUUAUGCGUGAUAAGUCGGAAAUUUCGUCAUUAUAUGUUGUGCAGACUGGAUUGUUUUACAUACAAACAUAAGUUGAUACCAUCGACUCAAGAAACAGUUCGCACUUCUUCAUUUGUCUAAAAAUCAUAAUGGAACCGCCAGUAAAAGUUUAUAAGUCUUAUUACGGCGAAAAAUUGCGCAGACGAUAGAAAAUAUUUUUGGAACAAUGAGUCAAGCAUUCCACGGACAUGUUACCGUAUUAUGUUGUGUACGCUAUAACAUUGUCAGCCUAUCCAUAUAGGCCUAGUUAAAUAUUUCCAUGUAUAGUACCAUGGAGCUAGCUUCAUGAUACUUUAUUACUAGGUCCAAGAUGAGGGGCCGAAUACAAGGGGCCAAAUUGACCUUUCCGGAGUGUCAAUCAAACUGACCAAUCAGAACAUCGCUAAUAAUACGCUUGUCCUACAAACAGACGUGCAUCCCACAGAAGCCCAGUGUUCUAUUGUAAUAUGGAGACAGGGGUGUGGUCGUUGUUUUGACACUAGUUAAAGCAAGUUUUUUUUAUUUGUAAUUUUGGUAGUUAAAUUGAGAGAUAAUUUGAUUCCUCUGAUGAAUCCGACCUUCCAACACGCACGAUGAAUUGCUGCAGCAAGUCAAUGAUAACAGGUUACGAGAAAGAAAGAUAUGUAAUGAUACAAUCAGAAAUAUAUCAUAUUAAUCUCAAAAAAAUCAUUAUUUUUCUUUUUUAAGCUCUUUAAUUAUGAUAUUGAGGAUUGUUAAUGUGAACUUAUUAUUCCUAAAGGAAUAAGUGUUAUUCAAUAUGCCAUUAAUGACGUCAGAUUUAUUAUCUGCUUUGACAAAAAUGGCGACUGAAUAGAUCGGGAUGUGAGGUAGAUUUCUUUACUCUAUUUCAGUCCAUCGAUAUCUUCAACAAUUCCAAUGAAAUCAUUAUCAUUACUGUAUGUUAGUUUGAAUACGGCACAUAUACUUUAUAAUAAUAUCGUAAUUAUAUUUAUAGGCCUACUAAUAAUACCAUGAAAAUAUUCAAUGGUUAAAUAUUAGAAUCAUGGAUUGUCGACGGUAGACGGCCGGUGUCAAAGGGAGUUCAUCCUGGCCCAGUAAAUUCGGCCUUCUCAGCAUUACUCCUUGAUUUUUACCCUCUGGUAAAAAGUGCCAAAUUCACAUGGGAAGUUACGUGCAGCAGAUUGGUGGCCGAAUUCACUGAAGGCAGGGGAAUUCCUGUGACAGGCCUACAAAGCCGGACACACACUGCGCUGACGGUCGACAGGUAGGUAUGUGCAACGGAUCGAUUUAAUGACUAUCGACUCAGUCUGCCAUCAACCAACAAGAGGCAUCGCGUCGUCAAGCGCAUAAUAGAGAGCGGAUAUAAAUUCGUCGGCCGAUGGUCGUACGACCGUCAUAUGACGCAGUGUAUGCCCUUCCUAAAUAUCGUAAAUUUGAGACUUCGUGCCAAGAGUCAACACACUUUGAGCACGGUAGGCACAUGAAUGAUAUGAGUAAUUAAAAUGAUAUCUGUUCGUGAUGAAACAAUACAACGUAUCAUUUCCAUAGAGUUGAAUAAUCCAGAAAAAUUGAUCGCUUGUGAUAUAAAUUUUUUCUGAAUAGAUCACCCUUCUAAAUAACAAUAAUAAUAAUAAUAAUAAUAAUAAUAAUAAUAAUAGGCCUAAUAGUAAAAAUAAUA